CAUUCAUAAGAUUGAGAGCCACGGCCACGGUGAGGACACGCGGAAUCGGGACUGGGGACUUGAUUGUUGUGGUUCUUCUUGGGAGCUGCAAUAUCCGGUUUAUUAUUCUUUUUUCCGGAAAGUUUUUGGAAGGCUUCUUCUAGAUAAUUCUCCGUUCGUUUUGGAGGAGCGAAUUACUUUUUCGUCUUCUUUAUUGGCCCCGUCCCUCCGUGGGACCCGGUGGACGCGUGAAGGAGACCUCAUCUGAAGCGAAUUCUGUGAAGCGGGACAGCACUCUCCGCCGCUGGGGGAGCGGCCCCCCGCGCCCCUGGGUCCUCCGGAGCCUGGACUUUGAGGAGGUACAGCAGCAUCGUGUGCAGGUCUGAGCACCGCGGAGGGGCUGCACGGAACUUUGCCUUUGUUGGAGCGGGACGCUGCCCCCUCCCCGAGCUUCUCCGGACAGCGCACUUUGGGGACGCGCUUAGCUCACCCCGGACUCGCACCUUUCUUCUCCCACCCGGCUAUAGCCUUGGCUUCCCGGCGACCUCAGCGUGGUCACAGGGGCCCCCCUGUGCCCAGGGAAAUGUUUCAGGCUUUCCCCGGAGACUACGACUCCGGUUCCCGGUGCAGCUCCUCGCCCUCCGCCGAGUCUCAGUAUCUGUCUUCGGUGGACUCCUUCGGCAGUCCAUCCACCGCCGCCGCCUCCCAGGAGUGCGCCGGUCUCGGGGAAAUGCCCGGUUCCUUCGUGCCCACGGUCACCGCGAUCACAACCAGCCAGGACCUCCAGUGGCUUGUGCAACCCACCCUCAUCUCUUCCAUGGCCCAGUCCCAGGGGCAGCCGCUGGCCUCCCAGCCCCCGGCCGUCGACCCCUAUGACAUGCCAGGAACCAGCUACUCCACACCAGCCAUGAGUGGGUACAGCAGUGGUGGAACCAGUGGUACUGGUGGGCCUUCCACCAGUGGAACCGCCAGCGGACCUAGGCCUGCCCGCCCAGCCCGAGCCCGGGCCAGGAGAGCCCCAGAGGAGACGCUCACGCCUGAGGAGGAGGAGAAGCGGCGGGUUCGCAGGGAACGGAACAAGCUGGCAGCAGCCAAGUGCAGGAACCGUCGACGAGAGCUGACCGACCGACUGCAGGCGGAAACGGACCAGUUGGAAGAAGAAAAGGCUGAGCUGGAGUCGGAGAUCGCCGAGCUCCAAAAGGAGAAGGAACGUCUGGAGUUUGUGCUCGUGGCCCACAAACCGGGCUGCAAGAUCCCCUUCGAAGAGGGGCCUGGGCCCGGCCCGCUGGCGGAGGUGAGAGAUUUGCCGGGGUCAGCAUCCACUAAGGAAGAUGACUUCGGCUGGCUGCUGCCGCCCCCGCCACCACCGCCCCUGCCCUUCCAGACCAGCCAAGACGCAUCCCCCAACCUGACAGCUUCUCUCUUUACACACAGUGAAGUUCAAGUCCUCGGCGACCCUUUCCCCGUUGUUAACCCUUCGUACACUUCCUCGUUUGUCCUCACCUGCCCGGAAGUCUCCGCCUUCGCCGGCACCCAGCGCAGCAGCGGUGGUGACCAGCCCUCCGACCCCCUGACCGCUUCCUCCCUCCUUGCUCUGUGAACUCUUUAGACACAAAACAAACAGACACACAAGGGAGAGAGAUUUGGAAGAGGAGGAGCGAGGAGGGGAAGAGACAAGCGGGUGUGUGGCCUCCCUGCUUCUCCUGUCUGACCCUCUGCUGCCACUGCCAUCGACAGGACCUCCCAGUGUUUUGCGCCCUUGGUUCUGUGCCCGGGUAGAGACUGCAGAGCUGGUGACUUUGGGGGCAGGGGCUGGGGAGGGGAAGGACAUGCUGGGCGGCCUGUUGGCCCUCUCACCUCCACCCAACCUCUGGGGAUGG